AUGUCGAGAUUAUCAAAAAGCUACAACAAAUAUUCAAUUUUCUUAAAAAAAAAAUUAAAAUUAAAAAGAAAAAUAAAUAAACCCAAUAACAAUGAUGAAAUUCUGAUGAAAUAUUCUGAAGUAUUGCAAAUGGAAGUUUACAAUUCCAAAAAAAUUGAAGAAAAUGAAUAUAUUGAUCCUACCUUAUUUAACGAGCUUUCAAGCCAUGAAGAUAAUGUUGACAGACAGAUAACUUUUAUUGAUGAAAUUAGUAUUACCUCUGAUCUUGACGAUACUUCAGAUUUUUUUAAAAAUACUGACAACACUAAUGAUUUCACUUUUGUAAAUACAGAUAUCACAUCAGAGAACUUUGAAAUAAAUCAAUUGUUUAAUGAAAAAAAAGACAAAGACACUAUGAUAACCAGCGACCAAUUCAGUACUUGCUUCAGUAAAGAUAAGCACCCAAGUUUAUCUGAAAAAAAUAUGCAAGUUAAUCUACUCAUUGGGAAGGAUGACAGCUACAAUAGUGGGAAAUCUUUUGAUGUUAAGAAAGAUUUACAAGAAUAUGUUCUUUUAAAUGAGCCCGAGAAACCUUGUACUAAGUUACCCAGUCAAAAUGAAAAGGGAGUAUCUACGGAAAGUAAUUUGGACAACUAUGAUAUUACUAAUGCGUGCAACAUUACCAACACCAACCCAGGUUUAUUGGAAAAAAUAACAUCAGAUGGUAAAAAAAACUGUUUGGUUGAACUGGAAAACAAUUCUGAUAGCAAGGAGAGUUUUUUCACAUGCGAAUCAAUGGUUCCUGUAUCAUCAGCAACAACCAACACUUCUGUUCCUGCUUCUGAACAAAUCAAUACACAUACCAUGGGUUGUAUAAGUGAAAAAAAUACCGAGAAAAAACCAACUCAAGUAUCAAAUAUUUUAUCAGACACUAUUAUCAGCGACACACAAUUGGUCGAUAAUUUUGAGAAAAAAGACGAAUUAUUAAUCACACCACCAACAUUAUCUAAUAGGAGCUUUAGAAUUAUUAAAAAUGAUAAUUACAAAGACUCUAGCAACAAUUCUGUGUACAUAACUGAAGAUAAUAAGAAUGAUUUUUUUUCCUCAACAGAUUCAAUACCAAGCCUAAAUUCAGCUAAAUGUAAAGGCAGAACUGGAUUUAAACAUUUUUAUUUUAAUAAAUUUAUGGAUUACCAUAGCGAUGACGAGAAAAAAUAUACCAAAGAAUAUUACCACACAAAAGAUAUGCUAUACUCACCUACUGCCUCUGAAAACAAUCUAACAAAAACGAUAGUACAAAGAAAUGAGGAAAUAAUAUUUAUCUCACCGGAUUAUUCACAUAGAACUUUGGAACCUGGAUUAACUGCUGGAUCAUUGGAAAAACAAAAGAGAACGUUGAAGCGUAAAAAUGGGAGCAAGAAUAGCGAAUUACAAUAUAAUGAGCAAAUGACACUAGCCAAAUUGAGAAUUUUCCAUGAUUGGCAGAUCAGAACUGAACUAGAAAAAUAUGAAAAAAUGAAUUCUUUAAAAAAAAGCAAUAUUUUUGUUAGGAGAGAGUAUGAGGGAAAUAAUGAUGACUCUAAUGCAAAUGCUGAUUUAAAACCUUGGGAAUAUAAUCUUUUGGAUAGUGAUUAUAUACCUGUCCAUAAAAAUGUUAAAAGAACCAAGACGAAAAGUGUUAGAUUCCAUCCAAAUGUAGCAUUGAAGGAAAUACCUCCUAACGAUGAAAAAAAAACAAUUAACAAUAAGGAGACUCAAAUAAAGACUAUAACAACCUGUUAUAGUAAAAUACUUAAUUUAUUUAAAUUUACCUCUGCGUAUGAUGAUUCUGAUAAUGUCCCUCUUCCUCAUAACUCUUGUGUUACCAGAAAUAUGAAUGUUAACAAGAACAAGAACAGUUGCGCUUCCCCCACUUCUACAUUAAGUGAAAAUAUAAGAUUAAAACAUUUUUAUUUUACUCCCUCGGAAGACCCUAGGUUAUAUGCUACUGCAAGAACAUUUGAUGAUAAAUUGAGCGAUGAUUAUCAGAUGGCGCAUCAAACUGUCACAACCGAACAAUUUAGCGUCAAUUUGUUAAAAAUCAAAAGAGGCACCAAAGAUGAGGCAAAUAUUUUAAUUUAUGAUUUCACUUCGCCACAUUAG